AAGAUAUUUAUGAGGCAAAUUUUGUAUUCAAAAAGCUGAUAAAACAAAAACACAAUAAUUUCCAGCAUCCAGACUGUUGUUGUUUACGAUUACGAAUGUCUAUUGCUUUUUUUUUUUUCUAAAAUUUUCGACUGAAUCAUUAAAUUAUAAUAAUGACUUCAGCGCUGUACUUGGAACACUAUCUCGACAGUUUGGAGAACCUUCCUGUUGAGUUACAGCGAAACUUCACUCUGAUGCGAGACCUCGACUCGAGAGCUCAAGAACUAAUGCGCAACAUUGACAAAUUGGCCGAUGAUUAUAUGUCAAAUGUCAAGGGAUACUCAGUAGAAAAAAAGAAUGAAACUAUGAAUAGCAUACAACGUCAGUUUGACAAAGCAAAAGAAUACGGUGACGACAAAGUUCAAUUGGCAAUUCAAACUUAUGAAUUGGUGGAUAAACAUAUUAGAAAAUUAGAUUCUGAUUUGGCGAGAUUUGAAGCCGAAAUUCAAGACAAAGCCAUCAGCGCUACGAGAAAUAUAGAGGAAGGUUCACAAAGACGAGGACGCAAGAAGACUAAAGACAAAGAAGUUAAAAAGAAAAGUGCAUCAAGUGAAGAAGAAACGGUUACUAAAACAUCUAAGAAGAAACAAUUGAAAAAAGUAGGUGCCAAAACAACAAGUGCGGCACCUAGCAAAACACCUUUGGUCAGUGUUGUUACUAAUCCGACCAACCCUACCAAUAGCGUAGCUAGUGUUGCAGUAGAGACUAGUUCUCUUACGGGUGCAUUGGUUGGUGCUGGAGUUGCUCACUCUGAGGUAUUAGACAUGCCUGUUGAUCCAAAUGAACCAACAUACUGUUUAUGUAACCAAGUUUCCUAUGGUGAAAUGAUAGGCUGUGAUAACCCCGAUUGUCCUAUUGAAUGGUUCCACUUUGCGUGUGUCAAAUUAAUUACCAAGCCCAAAGGAAAAUGGUUCUGCCCAAAAUGUAUUACAGACAGGAAGAAAAAAUAACAUAUUCUUAAAAUAAAAUAAGUUUUUUUAUUUUGUAAAUAAAUACAUAUUAUAUGUGUUUAUGAACAGUUUAUAAUUUUCUUACGGUGAUAAGAACAUUUGAUUUUUGAUAUUUGUAAUCUGUAUUAUAAUUGUCAUUGAGAUUGCAUACAAAUUCGAGAAUAAAAUGUUCUAUUUUAAA